UGGGCUAGGGGGCCGAGCGCUGCGGCCACGAGUUAGAGAGAUGAAUUGGCAGGAGUCAUUCUCACAUCUACCGAAUGAUACAUCAGUUAAAAUACCGCUAAAGGUUGGAGAUACUAUAGCUUUAGUGCCCUUCAACGCACGAAAAGGCGAUCCUCUCCCUAUUUUAAAGAGUUAUGCUUCUCGAGACGGAAAUGGCGGUAAGCAAGAUGUGGAACUAGAUAACUUUUUAGAGUACUAUGUAAAUGGCAAACGGAUAUACCCAGUGCAGACUACAGAGUUUUCCAAUAUCCCAGUUGUUGUUCUGGGUUGUGAUGGUUCCGCCAACCAGAUUGGACUGUCAGAUAAAUUCGAGGUUGACACAGAAACUUCUGGAGAUUCAUCUUGUUCUGAAGAAGCUGAUCAGGAUAUGGGAGUCUCCGGAGGUUCAGGAACCAGACCAGGAGUACUAGAUAAGCAGUUUAUAGGAGUAUCUGGAGGUUCAGGAGACAGACCGGGAGAACAAAUUGAGCAGGUUACGGGAGACUUAGGUCAGGUCAGGGAGGUUACGGGAGAACAAGUUAAGCAGGUUGCAAGAGACUCAAAUCAGGUCAGGGAGCUUAUGAGAGGUUCAGGAGACAGAAGAGCUAGCACAGUAAAGAUGGCUUUAGCCAUGUUUUCAAGAUUCGCAGGAGAGUUGGUUAAAUCUCUAGAACCACGAUUUCACAUAUAUUUUGAAAACAAGUAUGUUUGCCCUGCCGACGAAGAGGUUUAUACAUCAAUAAGGGAUGAUGUGGAUAGACAAAUUAUUAAAUUUACUUGUGAAACCUUCCCCGACCCUUCUUACUACAUCCCCACUGCAGGGGAUUUCCAAUCCAUGGUUGAUUGUAUGGGAGUAGUUUUUCCCGGAAUUUACGCCCCAGAGGUAGAAUCCGUACACGUCAAGAAUGUGAGAAGAAAUGUGCCAAUAUCAAAGCUAGGGGUUUCACUUCGGGGAAAAUUUGGACGCUGCGCUUUUUUCAAAAAGAAGGUGGGAACUAUAACGAAACGCGCAAAUACAGCUGCCGGAGAACUACUGCCGUCCAAGAAAGCUCGACUUCCUAGGAGUUACGGAGUAAUACUAUCAAGAUAUAAUCCAGCUAAACCAACUCUGGAUUCUCUACGAGACCUUCGAAAUGGCAUGGAUGACAUGGAUGACAUGAAGGAUACCGUUCAAUAUAUUUUCAGAGCUGAACGUUUGAAUGCCAAGGAGUGGGCCAACUUAAUGCCCUUCAUAUUCACCAGCCCCAAGCACAUUAUAGCACAUCUGAAAUGGUUGACUGGAAAACCAAUAGAUGAAGAACUAAUAGAGUUUGAGAGUAGAACAG